AUGAGCGCUGGCUCCCCGUAUCCACUGCUGGUCCUUCAAGCAAAGCCGGGAGCCUACUUUCGUGGCUCGGUCAAGAAAGACACUCAACAUACAGAACGAGCAUUUGUGCCGAGUUUCGAAGCGACUUUGUCUGAAGAUAUUGUUCCCAGCAAUCCCGACAACACUGACAGGCAUGUCACCAUCUUCCCCGGCGACUUCCCACGCUUUGUGCCUCCUACUGCUGCCAACAUGCCAGAAGGAAAACCCGCAGAGGAGUCGCCGUCAACAAACGCAGAGCCAUCCGCACCACCAUUGUCACAAGAGACUGGCGCUUCUGCACCAGCUGCGAGUACAGUCACAACCGUCAGCACCACAAACUCUGCACAAGAGGACGAGGAAGCAGCCAAAAAGGUGACCGAGUUCUUCAACCAGACAAGACCCAAGGACGCAGUGGAUGGCUUGUGGAGUGGCUUGUCAACAGCCACCAAAGGGGUGGCAGCUGGACUUGGCACCAUGGUGGCAUCCUCAGUGGCUGGCUACCAGAGUGAAGGCGGUUGGGGUCUUGUCAAGGGUGUGGGCACUGGUCUGGUUGGUGGUGCUGCCAUCGCCGUCACUGGCACUGUUUGUGGUGCGGCUCAGAUUGGACGUGGAGUGUACAACACCCCACAAGCUUUUCGUGGGCGACGAGAGCAACGGGUCUGGGAUGCCGACCUUGGACAAUGGGUUGAUAUCGACCUCGUGAAGUUGGAAUCCCAGGUGAUAGCUGAAGGCUCAGAUGAGGAGACAGAGGCCCACACGCCAUCGGAGUCUGUGAAGGAGACGGAGUAUUACGACUUGCUCAGAGUGAAGCCUUCUGCAAGUGCAGCUGAAGUCAAGAAAGCCUACUACAAGGAGGCCCGAGCCUGUCAUCCUGACAAGAACCCAGGGGAUGCAGAGGCCAAUGCAAAGUUUCAGAGGUUGGCCGAUGCAUACCAGGUGCACAAGCACGGGAAGAAGUACGAUCGGGAAGGCAAGUCUGGCGUUAGCGAGGGCAACGUGAAGAUGGAUCCCUCUGUGUUCUUCAGCCUCCUCUUCGGCUCCGAACGCUUCGAGCCCUGGAUAGGGGAGCUGCAAUUGGCCAUGCAAACAGGGCAGUUGGCCAAGGCCAUGGAGAGAGGCGGCCUCGACCAAGGGGCAGAGUCUUUGGAACAAGAGGUGAUGAGUGACAACAGCAAAGUCUUGAAGCAACGGCAAUUGCAUCGAGAGGUGCACUGCGCAGUUCACCUGCGGGAGUUCAUGAACGACAUUGUGUACAGGCGGGAUGAAUCGCAGUUUGAGCAGAGAGCUCGUUUGGAGGCUGCAGACUUGGCUCAGUGCCAAUUUGGUCCAGAGCUUUUAGCAGCGCUUGGCGAGAUGUACAAGCUGCGAGCAGAAAUCUAUUUGGCCGACGAGUUGGUUGGCCGUUUCUCCCUUACCAAGCAAAUGGUCUCCAUGAAGCACUCGGGCAAGACAAUGCAGCACAAGCUCAACUUGUAUUCGAAUGGAGUCAACAGCCUCUUGCAAGUGAAACGGGUGCAUGAUGUCUCCAAAGCAUCGACACCGUCGGCCCCUUCGGCCCCUUCAGCCCCUUCAGCUCAGGAAGGUGCUGAGACUCCUGAUGCUAGUGCAGAGGAAAAGAUGGAGCAAGCGCUUGAAGAGGCCUUGCCGCUUUUUCUUCAGACUGCUUGGGCCGCGGUGGUGACUGACAUAGAUUCAACCAUGAAAGAGGUAGGCAGAAAGCUGCUGAAGGACAAGUCGGUGCCAUGGCAGAUCCGAGUGCGCCGGUCACAGGCCUUGCAGCGCUUGGGUGAGAUCUUCUUCGAGGAGACUCGACCUGGCAGUGCUAAGUGUGCGAAGUUGACCGAGGAGGGCACCAAGGCACUGGCCUCCGGAGAAUCUGCCAAGACCAUGACAUCAGAGGUGGCAAAGGCCGUAUUGCAAGAAGCGUUGAUGGCUUCAGCUUUCGGGAGCCGUAACUUCCAAGGUGCGACAGAGUGGUACUCCGAAGCCUUGGAGACUAUGCAGGAUCCUGUGGUUCUUUCGAACCGCUCUGCCACUUACGCUAUGCGCCAGCGCUUUGAUAAGGCCCACACGGGGGGUGACAAGAUUCGCAAGUCCAGUGUGGAGGUCAGUACGUUGAAGCGAGGAGUAAAAAGGUGGCCAAAGGUGGCCAUGAAAAGCAAUCCCUGCGCCGACUGCGCUGAGCUUCGGUAUCCCAGUGAAGCCAACUUGGUAGAUAACCUAUGCGAGCGAUACCAUAGAGGUUUGAUCUACACAAAUGUCUCGCAUGUGCUUUUGGCGGUCAAUCCACACCGGCACUUAGAGCACCUCUACGGAGCAGCUGUGAUGCAGCAGCCUGCUGCAGUCCGCGGACCGCAUCCGUACAGCUUGGCUCAGGUGGCCUUAAUGCGAUUGAAACAGGGGCCGCAGGCAAUAGUAGUCUCAGGAGAGAGUGGAGCUGGAAAGACCGAGACGGCCAAGAUCAUUAUGCGCUUUUUGGAAACCCAUUGCACGUUUGGCACCUCGGGAUUGGAAGAGCGUGUGCUUGCGAUGAGCAGGGUCUUGGAAUCCUUGGGCCAUGCAGAAACACGGCAGAAUCCAACCUCCUCACGCUUUGGAAAGUUCCUGCGUCUUCAGAUCGGCAGGGGCGGCCUGUCUCCGAAGAUAGCUACAUACCUGUUGGAAGCCAGCCGCAUGGUUUCGAACUCCUCAAAUUUUCACAUCUUCUACGAGCUGCUGGCUGGAGGAGAUUUGGAGAAGUGGGACUUGCUGGAUGUGGCCAUUCAACAGCAAAAUUCUUUGGAGCGAUUCAAGCAUGGUCAUGCGGAGCUCGCAGAAGCCAUGAAGAGGUUGAGCUUGGGCCACUUCUUCCAGCCGAUGCUGAAGGUCAUCGCUGGCAUUACGCACAUCCUUUCGCACUUGCGUGAGCGACAAGGAAAGCCAGCAGCGGGUGCUGCAGAAACGCGGCUGGAGCGCGCCUGCGACCUCCUAGGCCUUCAGAUGCCAAACCUCAAAACCAUCCUCACGACGAAGCAGCUCAGUGUGCCCAAAGGCGAACCUAUUUUGAUGGAGAGGACGGAGGAGCAGUCUCAAGGCAUUCUUCGGAGCCUAGUGGUGACCAUCUACCGCAAGCUAUUUGAAAGCAUCGUGGAUGAAAUGAACCAGACCCUGGAAGUUGGCACCAGCGCUUCAGACGAGCUUGGCAUCCUGGACAUGUAUGGCUUCGAAAGUCUGGAAACAAAUGGAUUAGCUCAGCUCUUGAUCAACUACACCAAUGAGCGACUACAGCUCCUUUUUUGCGAGCAGGUGUUGAUGAAGGAACAGCAGGUCUACUUUUCAGAGGGUUUGCUGAAUGAGGAAGUGGCAGUGCCACAGGAAGGAUAUGGGGUCCUGCAGUCGUUAGAUGGAGUCCUUGAUUUGCUGGACGAUUGGACCUUAACACGUAUGCGAGCAGGAGGCAAAUUCUCAGAUGGUGCUUUUGCUGAUGCAGCCCGGAAGGCGAAGGGUUCCUCUGCAAAAGUGCUGCGGCCAGCGGUGGCACCGGGCUUUGCUGUGAGACAUUUUGCUGGGGAGGUGGUGUACCGCUGCCAUGGCUGGUUGGACUCCAAUGAUGCCAAGCCAUUGCCAGAGGUGCUAGCUUUGCUGGAAGGCAUCGAUGCCUGGCCUCUGCAGAAAUUGGAACUACCUCGGAGGAGAUGCAUGCAUGGCUUGCACUUCAUUCGCUGCUUCCGCCCCAACAAGGAGCAGAACAGUGGCUGGGUCGAUCGUAGCUUCUUGGCGAAGCAGUUGCGCGGAAACGGUGUGCCGCAGCUCCUGCAAGUGAUGUGCCAAGGGUUUCCACAUCGCGUUGCGUUGAAAGAGGUGGCAGCAUCCUUCGCAGGUUGCCUGCCUGGCACAGAGGGUUUCAGUGAUCGGCUGCUGACAGAGUUGCUGAUGCAUGCCUUUCAGGUGCCACGAGCGGAAUGGCGCCUGGGAGUAUCGCAGCUCUUUCUGAAAGCUGGCCAGCUUGCUUCCUUAGAAGAGCUUUCUGCAAAUCCGCCGCGCCUUGAUGCUGAUCGCUUAGCAGCUGCACGCAGCACUGCUCGGCGGCUCCGCUGGCGCCGCGCCCUGCAUGCGGUGACCCUGCUGUGUUACUUGGCUCGGAGGCUCAGGAACCGCCGCCGCCGGCGGAUGAAGGGCGCUUUUUUGGCGAGCAUCUUCGUCUUCCGCCUCAAGAGCUUGCGAAUCAAAAGAAGUUUGAUGGUGCACACCCGAAUUGGGGCCACUAAGCAGCUUCCAGACCCUGAAGCGACAGCAGCAAACAAGCUGGAAGAGAUGACAGAGAUGACAGAGAUGACGCCACAAAGAACGAAUCUAGGUGAAGGUGUGGUGACAGCUGGUCGAAAAAGAGGCAGACCUCCAGCCACACCACAAGAGGGUGUGCUCUUAGAGCUGUUGAGGAAAAGGAAGCCUGGAAAGCAGGGCUCCUCUGCCCAGCUGAGCCAAAUGGACAAGCAGGCUGAGGAUGCGGUGACUCCCAUCGAUGCCCUGGCCACGCAAUACAAGACCGACUUGAAUAAGGGCCUGAGCACAAAAAAGGCCGCUGAAAUCUUGGAGCGUGAUGGUCCCAACGAGUUGGAGAAGCCUCCGAAGCCCACUUUGCUGCUGCUCUUCCUUAUGCAGCUGACGAGCUUCAUCAUCAUCCUGCUGAUGGUCUCUGCAGUGGCCUCUGUGCUGGUGAAUGCAACUGGACCAAAGGCUGGAGAUCCGCUCUCCUACACCACAGGCGGGGGAAGAGGUAUCAUCGUCCUCAUCAACGCCGGCAUUGCUGCAUGGACUGAGAGCAAGGCUGGCGAUGCCUUGGAGGCGUUGUCCAAGAUGACCCAAGCAAACAUUUAUGUGCUUCGCGACGGGAAGGAAGUCCAGGUGGCCGUGCCCACAGUCGUGGCAGGGGAUAUCGUCGCUUGCCUUGAGCUUCCCUGGGGAUCCCUGGGCUCUAAGGCCCUAAGGGGCGCGCCCUACAGUAAUAGGGCCCACCUGAAGCCGCAACACAAUUCAUUCCCCACAACUUUGUGUGGGGUUCUUGUUUUUGAUUCUGUAUCCCGAGCCUCCUCCUCCUCCUCCUCCGUCCGCCCGCCUCCGCCUACCACAACUCUGUCACAUACCAUCUGUCACAUACCAUCUGUCACAUACAUAAACUUAACACACAACUUUGUCACAUACCAUCUGUCACAUACCAUCUGUCACAUACAUAACUUCACACACACCUUCGUCACAUACCAUCUUACACAUUGUCACACAUACAAUAACUUCACACACACACAAACUUAA